GCUGCUUUUAACUACCCGGGCUGAUCUCCGAAAACGCUUGAUUUACAGGAAUCGCUGCAAAGCAGAAAUUGAAAGUAACAAGGCCUGCAUUAAAAAGGACUCGCGGCUGCCUGAACUCCACAAGCAUCGCAGAUACUCGCAAGAGCGAAUAGCCGAUUUCGACUCCCGUCCAGUGUGAACUUCAAAACGUUGCCGACGCUGAAAUGGCUGUCCAGCCCAAAAGCGCACUUGCUACCCAAGCCAUAAUGAACAUCAGCAAAGCAGAGGAAGUCCGAAAAGAGACAGAACUGAUGAUGAAGCCCCACGCGAACUGGGAGGAGUAUCUGAUGCCUGGGCCCAUCUCCAUCGCCAUCUUAGGGGAGCUGGCUUGCAUUGCUGCAGGACAAGGAGACUUUGCCAUCAAUCUUGCCCCACCCCAGGGAGGCUACAAAUAUAUGAGGUAUCCGGACUCUUUCCAAGCUUCCCUAAUGCAGGUCAGCAACAGUGGUUGGCAUGCCUUCAGCAUCGCCCACAAGAAUAUGGAUGGCAUCCGGCUCCUUUCUAUGAGCGUCCCUGAGCAAAUCAAGAUGGUCAUCAAGACCUUAUUCCAGGAUGACCUUACCUUGAUAGAUGCCUUGCUCCCUGGACAACUAUCCAGCCUGAAAUCGAUUGCAAACGAAUGUUCCUCUUUAGCUAAGGCAGUUGACAAUAAGUUCAAUGACGUCAUCUGUCUGAUUGGGGAAGUCCUGGAAGUGUGUACAAGUUCCAAAUCGCAGUACGAACAAGGGUUGACAGAAACCAAGCGCGCCUUGGAAGACCUGAAACUAAGGAAGGCAGCAGCUGAAGACGCCCAGGGGAAAGCAGAGGACUAUUACAAAGAAAUAAAGAACAGAGUGACCGAAACGUUUGAUGAUUACAGAAAAGCGAUCGAUAGCAUUCCUACUGGCUGGAAUGCUGUCAUUCUGGAAUUCACUUCGACUAUACGAGAAACCUUGACGUUGCCAAUUGCCCAUCUGACAUCCUUUCUCAGCUUUAAGGAAAAUACGUUGCCUAUUCCAAUCCACAGCAGAAGUGAGGAAGGUUGUGAAAGUGAGAAUGACUUUAUAGCCAUGAACAACAUCUCUGCCCUGUCAGCUCAAAUGCUGAAAUUGGUGGACGUCCUUCAAACCAUGGUGGAUGAUGAAGGUAAUAUUGACAUGGAUCUCCUCUACAAUAAAAAACACAAUGAAAUCACAACCGUAUGGACCAAAAAGAGAUCUCAGCAACUGUUAGCAAAAAUAAAAAAAGAAGGAAAGUGCAGCAUGAAAAAUUUGGCAGUGAAAAUAUGUAAUUAUAUAAUAGAUAUUUCCAAUAUAUUAAUUGAAGCAGUAGCGUCAGGGGAAGUAAACAAGAAAAAACUGAUAAAGAAAAUGGGCGUUCUCUCAGAUGAUAUUGUUGUUUUCGAUAGCAGAAGCAAGUCCUGUAACCGCACGUCCCCUUUUAGUCCCUUGGCGCCAAAUAUGGCCAAAUCCCAGAAAAACAUUCAAGAGGAGUCGACGUCAGCGGUGAAAAACAGCGUUUUGAAAAUAGAGCAAACGAAAGAAAUACUGAAGAUAAGUCAAGAAGAAUACCAAAAAAGUUUUGACAACUUAAAGCAGCAAAAUAAGGAUUUGCUGGAUGUGCUCAGUGAAAUGAGGAAGUGUGAAACAAAGGAGAUUGAUUUUGAAAAAGCCAAACAGAUGCUGAUCAAAGGCCUGGAUGCCAUGGGAAGAGUGAAGGAGCAGUGGGAGAAAAUGGUGCGUUUCUUCCAGAUGAUCUCCAACCUCAUUGAUUCCUGUCUCAAUAAACGCCUAACAGAAUUUGUGAAAUCAGCUGAAGAUCUUCCCAAAAUUCCGAAUUACUCCCACAAAGACUUUGUCAUAGAUAUGAUCUAUAAACAGGCCUUCAAUGCAUCCAACAUUGCUCACUUGGUGCACAUGAUAUCUGAGACCUACACUGAGGUGUCUUCAAAAUACUUGAUGGAUAAAGUGGGCAGCCUGAGUAGGCUUAUUUCCAUGGACCCUUCCGAUCCCCAAUUCCGAAUGGAGCGUAUGAAACUAGCAGAUGGCUGUGACAGUGCCCGACAAGCCAUAGAGAACUUGGUCAUUAAGCAAAAGAAAGAAUUCGAAUAUAAUAUCCAUGCCAGAGUGACAAAAAUCAAUUCUGAGCUGAAGGCUGUCUUGCCGGAAGUGCCCGAAGCAGAGAGAAAAGCUAUUGAACAUAAUGUGCACAAAGGGAUGAGGGAAAUCACCCAGGAUGAAGCCGAUCAAUUUAUGUAGACUUGUCUUUCAACCCUUGAGGGAAAUGGAGGCUGUCUGGGCUCUUCUCUAUUAUUGUAUUUCCCUCAGAGUAAUAGAAUGUAAAUUGGGCCAUUCGGUCAUCUUGUAUUUGGUAAAACUAGAAAAGAAACAGCUAGAGAUAUUGUUGUUCAGGAACCUUUCAAAAAAUAAUCUUGGCCAACCAUUUCUGAGGUGGGGGCUCAUGUUAGCUUCUACUAAAUACUUCUAUUUUCAUUUUUUCUUUAUACACAUUACCUCUUCUCUUAUCUUCUUUCAAUUUGUAUGGACCGAUACCUCUACCUCUGCCUGCUGAUCUGCUAGCUGGUUGUCUAUCCUACCAUUCCUCUCUUUUUGGGCUAUUUCUAAUGGAGGAAAAGCUGAAGUGUAUCUCGUGUGCUUCUCUUUUUCCAUAAUUUGUGUGUCUAUGAUAGAGAAAAGGGUUGGGAUACGUACAGUAAGUAGCUUGAGAUCUAUAUUAAAAAAACAAUGUCCAUUCAUUCAUUGCUAUUAAUUCUGUUGUCAUUGCAGGUUUCCCUCAUUUUUGAAGUGAUGGUACAAUCAAGUAUGAAUCUCUCUCUCUCUCUCUCUCUCUCACACACACACACACACACACACAUCUAUGUGCACACAUUAAUGGGGGAAUGAAUAGAAUGCCUACAUUUUUUUUCUGGGGUUGGCAAUUUUAGGCCUGUAUUUCUUUGGAGAUGCUUAUCGAUUAACAGAAUAACAGAGGGACCUUAGAGGUCUUCUAGUCCAAUCCCCUGCUGGGUCCAACAGCCUGAUCUAUCAUCUCUUACAGAGAUGAGUGCUUGGAUUACUAUGCCCACUGAAAUAUAAGUGAUAGGUCCUCAGUCUUCCUGGCUUCUUGAGUCUUUCUAGCAUCUUUUCAUAUGAUGCUGAGAAUGCGAGAAUGGUCAGAUUCUAACAACCACUCCUAGUUUACUUUCUGCAAAUAAACUUUAAGAUAGCAAAUAUUAAGAACAAGGGAUUUUUUUUUUACUUUUUAGAGAAGGGGAUCUCUUUUCAUCAAGGACCAAAUGGUAAAAAUGUACCUAACGAGGAAAAGAGUGCCAGCUUAGAGAGAUAGUCUUCAAGUACUUUUAGAUGAUACGUUUCCAGGAAAUCAAGAGAAAGAGGUUGACCAAUCAGCCCGGAUGAACAGAGUAAUUAAAUACUGAGUUUUGGGCUAAACCAGGGGUGUCAAACUCAAGGCCCGCGGGCUGGAUGUAGCCCAUGGGGUGCUUAAAUCCAGCCCAUAGGGCCGGGCUGAAAAUAUCAAAGGACCGACUCGUGGUGCCUCUGCUGGCCAAAACGGGCCGCGUGCGGCCUCCCUGUGGCCCGUUUUUGGCCUCCCCGGCCUCCAGCACCACUCUGCCAUCUCCACAUGGCCCAUUUUUGGCCAGCAGAGUGUUGCUUGACGCCCUGGCAGGCCAAAAACGGGCCGUGUGGGGGCCUCAGGAGGCCUCAACGCAGCCCAAUUUUAGCCGGCAGGGUGCUGCAGGAGGCCGUUCAGCCAUUUUGGCUGGCUGGUGCUGCAGGAGGCAUCCAUCCUGUCUCCCCCACCCCACCCCGCUGGCCCGUGGAGGAGAACUACAAUGCUGAUCUGGCCCUCGAAGAAAUCCAGUUUGACACCCCUGGGUUAAACAGUUCCAAAUAAUAAUUUCUUUUAUUUGGUUAAUCGUACAAGUUUUAACUGCUAAUACACUCUGUUUUUUUAUAUAUAUUGUUGUAAUCUUAAAUCAGCUAAAUAAGAUUUUUAACUUUUUGCCUUUCAGUUGUUACUUUUACAUUUUAAUAUUUGUCUCUUUUAUUUUAUUGAUUCGUUAAGAGUUUUUCUACCACGUAUAAGAACUAUGUUAAUCAUCUGAAGUUACUAAACAUUAUACUAAAUAGCUAUCCUAACGUUACUUGCUUUUAUGCUAAAAAUAGUCAAUAAAUGUCUAUUCUCUAAAAUUG